UCCUUGACUGCCGCCUCCCUGCCGUCCCUCCUCUACAAAGCCUUCCUGUUCUCCAUAGGAGACUCUGGGUCAAGGGAAGCCCCUCAGAACGUCUUUAUUUGGAUCUGUGCCAGCGGUGUGUGGUGUGAAAGAAAGGGCUUUGCUUUAGAAUGAGCCCUCUGUCUGUCAAACAGAGAGCCGCUGGGCUGAUGGAUAUCUGAGAGGGUACUAUAGGGGGGCCGAGGAGCCAACAGCAUGCACAGCUUCUUCUCUGGCCUCUCAAGAUGGCAGCCAGACAACGCUGCUUCAUGAUCUGUCCAUCUUCCCAGGGCUACAGCGGUGGAGAGGUGUGCUGGGCCCAUCUGAGUCUGUGUUGCUUUGUAGGGAGAGAUUUCAUAUGGCUGUUUGAAUUAAGGGAUCUUGCGGUGUGAUAUCUUGGAAUUAGAAUCUGACAUUGAUUGAACAGCGAGCUUUGCUUGCGAUUGCCCCGACAGGUUUGUUCAACCUCAUUAUUUGCAUAAAGAAGAUUAUUUGAUUAACUUUCCUGAUGAUUUUGGCUAUUAUCAUCACAGUUAGGCAAUUUGUACUUUUCGACAGGCGGGGUGGAAAUGCAUGACCAUGAAUGCAGACUGUUGUCUUGAUGAGGAGUAUACAUGGCUGGCUACCUAUGAGUACCCAUCACUGGGGUUCGUGGUGGCUGGGGUUAAGCUAGAGUGAUGAGCCAAUUAAAUGUAUCUGGUAUGGCUGAUUUACUGACGCUUACAAUGAAAAGGGUAAUUUUGCUCUAAUGAGUGCUGCUGAGUGUAGCAUUGCUUACUUUAAACGUCCUUUUAAAGAUGAGCUCACAUUGUUUACCAUUUUGUAUAACUUUGGAUUAGACAUCUGCCAAGGCCAUAAAAAGUCAUUGUUGUUGUCAAAACACUGGGAGUCAUGAAUCAGACAACUCACCAGGAUGUUGAAAGUACGUCUGGAAAAACUGACUGGGAUCAUUGUUUAAGUCAAAUUUUUUGCAAUGCUCACCGAAGCGGAGAAUCAGACAUGAACGCACACACACACAGAGACACAAAACUAAACUCUGUGGCCUACACACACACUAACACUAACACACACUAGCUAAAUUCCGUGGCCUGCUCACUUGAAUUGAAACUUUAGUUCAGCUCGGCCUAUUUGCCUACAGGCCACUCGAAAGUAAGUCACUCGCACAAAACCUCAUCACACAACAUGCGCUCCGCUCAACUAUACAAACCAUAUGCUCACAGUCAAGCUCAAUUAUCAUUGUUAGAGGAAUGGAAUGAAACGUAUUAAAAUCAUCUUCAUUAUUGACCUAUUUUUCAUCCGGACCUCUAUCCACAAUCCACAUACUAGGAAAAACUGAAAUUGAAAUAAUUUCUCCUCAGCCCUUAUAUUCUCCCACACUGCAUGGUUACUGGUGUGCAAGAGAAUACCUGUGUAAAAAAAAAAAUGUAAAAAAAAUGCAUUCCUGUAAUGGACAGCAGCCAAAUGGUGCUUUGACAGUCAGGCCUGGUUCUGGCUGUUCUGCCGCCCUGUCCCCACAAAACUUGAAUAGUGUAGCCUACAGUGUCGGCCCGCAAUGCAAUUUUAUGGAUGCCCAUCCAUGUCGUACCGUUUGUAAAGCAGGCAGUUGCAUUGGCUUCAUUAUCCUAGUCCUGAUACUUGACCAAGGCUUAAGACUAAUCAUUUUGGCUAUUUUAAGAUUAUAAGCAUAUCAGCUACCCAAGUUUAUCAGGAGUUAUUUUGAGCCUAGUUGCAAUGAGAAUCAAUGUGUUUACACAGUGGGAAAUGCAGAGGUAUUUUUUUCUUCGCUACGAUCAGCUUGUCAAACAUUUAUGAAUAGGCCUACAAUUGAAAUCACUGAUUCAUGACAAUUUAACUCCCGGACAGCAGUCAUUAGUAGCCUAAUUUCAUUCCAUAUUGUCUUUACCUUUACCUGUUUUUAGGAUAUGGUGUUUGUUAACGUGUAUAUAAAAAUAUUAAAAUCGAAGUUCAUUUUAUUUGAAAGGGCGCCAUUUAGGCUACGUGCAUGAUGUAAUUUUGUCUCGUAACAUGGUCAUAAAUAUGAUCUCCAGUCUAGGCUACAGAAAAACCACAUAGGCUACUACUCUUUCUACUAUAGGCUACAUGAUUUAUGUUAGGUUACUUGAGCAUUGGUGGUGCGUCGCAGCGUUGCGUCUCGCCAACAGCACACUGGAGAGGCACUUUGGGCAUGGACAUGUUUUCAUUGUUUUUGGGCAGAAUUAUGUGAGGUGUGCGUCUUGGUCAGUUUACCUCAGAAAAUGCCGCCCUCGUCAAUCUGCCACCCUAAUCCUGCCUAAUGGGCGGGCCGACCCUGUUGACAGUGCAGCGCUGCUAACUGCCGUUGAUGGAUAUCAUUUGAAACAUCCCUCGGCCGGAGCUGAGUGAGAUCCACAUCUCUUUUGAGUUAUUAAAGGUGAAUCAGUACUCCUCAUUUGCCAGGUUAAGAGUUUGUCCUCGUCGGAAUGCGAAUGCCACAGAAAAAACGGAUCCCCACUAGAAACAAGCAUUAAUCAUGUUCUUAUACACCUCGAGGGGUGCAGAAAAUACCUAAAGCGUCAUAAAGUGGAAGGGAAAAUAGGCCUAGCAGCUACCCCAAGAGCUUUCUCAGCCUUUAAUUAGGGCCUGUACUGUCCUGUAUGCCUUUGCUUUCUCCUGAGUCUACUUCUUGUGGCGUGUUUAACAUUUUUUUAGCCUUUUGUUGCUAACGAUAGGAGGGUGUGAUUUAUUAUCUGAUUGGGGAUCGGGGCUCCGAGUUGAGAAUCCAUCUUCUUUUUCUUCCCUUCCAAGUGUCACCAUGAAACUUUCCUCGGGGGAGUUGAGUUUCCAACACAAAUAUUCAUAAAGAGACUAAUGAGAUCUCUCUCUGACGCCUCAGGAAGACAAACCCCUAAACACGGCUAACCUGGGAACGUUCGCGCUUAUGCUAACGUUUGGUUCUGCCUUUUUCUGUGCAGUUUUUCACAUAACUCCAUUGUCAGCUCUGCUCUGUGGAAAUAAAUAAAUACCUGGAGCAUCUAAAUAUAAAUCUCUGUGACCUUUUAUUUCCCCAGAUGUUGCAUUGGAAAUUAGAUAGCUUCUGUUUUACUGACUGGCUGUUUUUUUUUUUUUAUCCAGGCACAUAGUAGGCAAUGUGCAUAGACUUUCUUUAGAAAACCUGCAAUCAUCAUGAUGUGUAAUAGGUAGCCUGCGGUGUUUGUGUCCAAUAGCGAUAAUCACAGGUACCUCACAGUUUCUCAUGUUUAGAUAUACAUUUUUAUGGCUCAGUGUAUAUUGCUAAUCAUGGCUGCUGGUUAUUCUCAAUGUUGGCGAUGCAACAUUAACGCACACUAUGCAGUGUUACUGACCCAAGUGACCCAUAUGUGAAAUAUGUAGUUCUGGCUUGCGUGCUGGAAAUCUCCAAGAUGGAGGUACCUUUUCAAAGCUAUGGCUUGCAAUGCACUAUCUUGUAUGAAGAAGGUCUGAGGGAGUGGGAUGCAGGAGUGUAUCGGUCUUUGUUCACUCCUCUGUACCAUGUGCAUGUAGUAUACCAAUGUUAUGCAUGUGUGUGGGGAACACUUCUUCAGCUCGAAACCUUGGCCCGUCGAUCAAGGCCCUGUUAUGUUUGAUUGCGAAGCCUGAAGAGAAGAAAGCUUGUGUGGUCUGACAGUUGGAAGCUCCGGCUCGCAUGUGAUUUAAUGGCUGUCCAGAGGGCUCGGCUUUGAGCUCUGAGAGCAGGAGGGGGCGUGCAGAUCCUGUGAGCUCUAAUUAAAUGUGUUUAACCCAAGGUCAUUCAUAGUAGAGAGAGGGAACGAGAGAGAGCGAGCGGGGAUAUAGAUGGAAAGAGGGAGAAGAAGAAGCAGCCUUCUCAGCGCUGUAAAUGUUUUAUUGAGCUUCUUUGAACUGCUUCAGCUGAAGGGGAGUGUGUCAGCAUUGCACCGAGGGGCUCCUGGGACUUGCACUGCCUUUUUUGAUAGAAGCGCUAGUUAAAAUGGAGGGUGCAAGCUCUCGCAGUGUUGUUACUGAUGAUACCUUUUAACCUGCCGCUUUCAUUGCCUAUCAUUAGCGUUUUAGCUCAAACUGUUACGAGUCUACGGAAACCUGACAAUGCUUAGUAGAAGACUAAUUCUAGGAUUUCUUUCCUUGGCGUUUACCCUUCCAUCAAAGGUUCAGCUGUCAUGUCAUCAUGGCUUGCGGUUCUCUCAGCCAUCUGUCCACCUGUGUCACUUCCAAGUCAGUCGUUCUCACUGAAUUCUCGUCAGACAUCAGCAGCCGUGUUUAUUGUGUUUACUUUUUGACUUCAAAGCCAAGGGAGUGAAAGCAGAGUGCCAGAGAGAGAUGGGCCUGAUAAGAUGGAAUCAAACAAAGGAGGCCGGGCCCCCAGUUAUUUUCCUUAGCCUAAUUGCCCUACACUGCAUCUGGGCCUGCAAGCACAAUUUUCUCUUCACACUGCGCUAUUGUUAUGAUUAGCAAUACCAUUAGCCGUUAUUACAAUGGUAAUUGCAGUCACUGUUGGCGCUGAAGCAGUUAGCCAGGCCUAUUAUGAGAGGCAAUGGUUUACUUGCUCUCUGAGUUGUUUCUCCAUCGUGUUUGAGAGUGGCUUUUGUGGCUUGUGUUUGUCGCCGAAAAUAACUGAGCUCUUAGUCGGAGACGGUUAAAGCCUUGGUGAGAUUAUGACUUUCAGAGGUAGAUUGUCUCGAUUGUCAGAGGGGGUGGCUAACAAUGGCGGCUCCUCAAACACCUCAUUGGGCUGAAUUACAUGGUUGGAUAUGAGUCGACAGCUCCUCACUGAGACGGAUCAAAGCACUAGAUUACCACAGUGAGGAAAAAGACAAGAUUAUGCAUUCAAGAUGAGAGAGUCUAAGAUAGAGGAGUGAGUGUGUGUAUCUGUGUGUACCCCACAAAGAGAAAUCCAUAUGUAAAGGUGUCCUUGUUUGUCAAACAAACUUCUUUGAGCACUUUGAGAGUAUGCAUGGGCUGCUUGCGAACAGAGAUAGUCGCGGCGUAAUUGCUACUAUUAAUCCUUCGUUCUUUCUCCCUUCCCUUACUCCAUCGCUCUCUUUUUUUCCUCUCUUUUCCCGACAACUCACCUUCAGCGUCUCCCUUUUGAAAUGAAGAGGUUGACAUUCUUAGUGACUGAAGUCAUGGCUCUCUGGCAACAAUAUCCCUCUGUUGUAGAUUCAAAACGUAGACUAUCUGCUUGAUUGCACACUGCGGAAAAAAUACUCUUCGGCGUUCUGAAUGAGGAGAAUGAAAGGUGAAAUGACACAGCCCUGAAGGAGACUUAAGUAUGUCCAGUUACUGGGUUUAGGAGCCAUGGUUCCUCAGCUUCAGGAAUGUAAAUUACAAUACGGUCAUUUGGCUGGUGCGCUUAUUCAAAGCGACUUACGGUUCAGUCACACAUUCAGUAGUUGCGACCCAUGCAGGAAUCAAAGCCACAACUCUGGUGGUGUUGGCAUCAUCCUCCAACCAACCCCACCUCAGGAGUGUAGAAUCAUGCUCAAUAGAUCCCAAUCUAUUACUGUGUCUUGUAAACCUCUGGCCUAUUACUUUAGUGGUUAUCUACUAUAUUUGAUGGUAUAUUGCAUAUUUAGUGCAUAUGUCAAACAUCUGUUGUCCUCAUCUCUUGCUUAAUACCGAUUUGACCCCUAGCCCUUACCCCUUAUGCAUUUGUGGAGAUCUGAGAGGGAUGCAAUAUAUGCGCGAAUUCCACCUAGAAGAUCAGAGAGCAAGGUAGAGUUAUUACCAUAUUGCUUAGGCCUUCCUUUCCAAUCCUCUUAGAUCAUAGGGGCUAGGAGUCAGGUGGUCGAUUUGGGAUGGGGCCGUCUGUCUCACACUCCCUCUAUCUGCAAGUGAGACAAAGUAAGCCGCUGUGGUCCAUCAGAAACAGGUUGCUAGGAAACUACUUAGUCCUCUCUAUUAUUGACUUAUGAUUCCCCUCCCCCAUCUUUCUUCUCUUACGUUUAAAUUUUUUGUCAUUUAGCAGACGCUCUUAUCCAGAGCAACUUACAGUUAGUGAGUGCAUACAUUUUCAUAAUAUUCUCUCUUCAACCUUAACGGGUUCAUGGCUGGAAGUCAAGGCUAGCAUUCAAACUCACUUUCUCAUUCAAUUUUAAACACAUUCCUUCUCUAUCCGAUCCUUAUUGGGAUUUGAUUAUUUAAACUACAGUCGGUUCAGUCUGAAAUGUGCGCUCUUAAUUGUAACUCGGAUACGAAUUGAAGCGUGAUGAAGUUCGGAGAAGGGUCACAGCUACCUUCACUUUUAUCUUUCUUGUACUGAGUAGGUUUGUCUAACACAAGGUCGGACAUACAGUUCUUCCGCUUCUUUAGUCUAGACUCCUGUAAAGAAGUCAAAGGGCUUCUAUCUUUGGAUAAGCUAUUUCUUUGUGGUUUCUGUGCAGAAGGUGUUUCUCUGCAAAUAAUCUAUUUUUCUGAGGUUUCUGCAUGAAAGGUCUUUCUUUGUAGACUUACUUUCUGGACUUUCACUGUAGUUGCUGCCUCUAAGCCUAGUUUUGGCAAGGCUGUUUACUGCAAUUUUGGCCUCUGUGCUGCUGGAUCUUUCACUCUAAUCUCUGUGUGUGUGAGAGAUUCACUGUAGAUUUAGAUUCUUUGUGUUUGGGUUGUUUUUCUGUUUUGGUCUGUGUGCGGGAUUCUGCGUUUCUUGUAUCUGCCAUCUCUCUGUUGUCUCUCUGCGUGUGACCCUCUCCUGGCUCUGUCUGUGAACAGCCCCACUCCUCUCUGGGUCCCAGCCGCCCUGAGAACACAGCUGCAGCGCGGCCGCCUCUCCCCCUGACCUCGCCGCCGAGUGCUCAGGAACAGCUGUUCCCCGUACAGCUCUCCUCCUCUCAGACAGCUCCACUGCACCAGGGGGCUGCUCACUGCUCUCACCUCGGGCUUAAGCGGGGGAUUACACACACACACACACACACACACACACACACACACACACACACACACACACACACACACACACACACACACACACACACACACACACACACACACACACACACACUAGACACCCCACAGCCACAAAGCGAACAACAACCCCCUUCAAAGACUACCACCACCCCGUGCCUUUUGUUUGUUGGGUUGGGGACCAGAGUGCCCUUUGACCCCACUGACCCGACCCUAGGUUCCACCCAGGCUUUAGCCCUAAGAUGGGUCAUAUGAGACCAGACGGCUAGCCAGGCUAAGGUGUGUCAUAUGACUAAGAUGUGUUGGUUAGGGCCAAAGGCCACCUUCUCUAGUGGCAUUAGUCACAUCAACAGACAAGAAACAAUGCACAAAAACAAUGACUCCUUUCUCUUAGGGUCCUAGCUUGAGGUCCGUGUGAAUAAUUCAAAUUUUCAUCAAUGCAUGAUUCAUUCAGACCUAUGCGAAGGUAAGGGCUAUGUGCACACAUUUUCACAUCAGGAUUAAGCCCUUUAUAAAAACAGUGGGAGCAUUUUGUAUAGAAUUAGAUUUUUCUGAAUAAUUCUUAAUUGAACCAUUGUCAUACUGAUGUAUUUUCUCAUCCUCUCGUUCUCUGAUUCAUGUUGCUCCUGUGUCUUGGUACUUUGUAAGCCUCUCAAGUGUACACACAAACACACACACAGACAGACAGACAGCACUUUGCUCUCAUUCACCCUCACUCUGUCAGGCAUUAUCCCUGUGCAGCUCUCCUCUGUCAUAUAAUGUGAGGGUUUGCUGCUUCGCCUUUGAAUAUGUCAGACUCACGCAGAGCAUGAUUGCUAGGGUUGGAGUGUAAGUGAGAGAAAGAGAACAGAGUUAUUUGUGUUGGUGUGUGUGUUGAAGAGAGCGAGAGUCAAAAUACUACUGUUCAAAUGUAGUAUGACUGUUUAUGCUAGGGAAUCAUAUUCUGAAACCUUUAGCGAUCUUUAUUCAUUCAUCCAUUUAUAUUUUUAUUUGUGAGUCUGUGUUUUAUUGUACUUUAUCGCAUGCUGUGCUGCAACUGGGGGCGCAUAUGGCCCUGAGUUUGUGAUUUUAGCCUUUAAAGGGAAUAAAUUAGAAUAUGUUAUUUGAGUUAAUUAGGUUUUCAGUCAUCUUUCUUGAGGAGUGGAGCUAGAGGCAGAUGAGACCAGGGCCAUAUGCACUGGGAUUUGCACAUGAGUUAUGAGUGUGUGUGUGUGUGUGUGUGUGUGUGUGUUUUUCCAUAUUGACAUGAUUGUUAGUGUGCUGCAGAUAAAAGUCCAUCGCUCAAUGGCUAAAUAUGGCCUCCUCUGCUCUGUGCUAUCUAUUCCAGCAGCUCUGAUGACAAAUGUAUGAGUUUAAAAGGAGGCUGCAGCAAAGCAUGUGCUGUCUAAAUCCAAGACCGUCUCUCACUCACACACACACGUAUACUCCCACACGGAUGGCACGCACACACGCAUGACACACACACACACACACUGCGUCAGCGUGAGGGCCAUCUGGAAGUGAAGUGCACUGCAGUAUAAGACACAGCUGGUCUCCAGUGUGUGUGCAGACAGUCUGGACCUCUGAUGUGACUCAGGGCCCGGAACAGGGAGCCAAUCGCACUGACUGUGAAGUGUGUGUCUGUAGUUUGUGUGUGUGUGUGUGUGUCAGAUUAUAUUUGAACUGUCUUGGUGCUGUGAGACUGUAUUGUGCAUGUGUGCGUGGCUGUGUGCAUUGUUAGGAGCUAGUAACAUAAGCAUUUUGCUGCACCCACUAUAACAUCUGCUAAACAGUGUACGAGACCAAUAAUCUUUGAUUUGAAGUAUGUCUGGGGGAGUUGAGAGUCCCUCUAAAAGUCCCCCCUCAUCCUCUGGAGAGAGAGUUAGUCAUUGGGGAGUCUGAGUAAUGGGCAGAUACUAAAUGUAACUGAAAAAUUGCCUCCAUCUGUUUGCUGAGGAAAACAGCUAGAAAAAAAACGGAGAGAACAAAUUGAAAAGAUUGCAUUGGAUAAAGCCGUCACAGUGAAUUAGUAUCUCGGCAGGAGGGACCCUUGUUAUCUGUGUAUUUGUAAAAUAUUCAGGCUUACACGUGACAGGGGAAUGGUAGGCUAGGAGGAAAUGCUGGGGGGAGGUAUAAGUGGGAAACGGAUUCACUUGGCUGUCUAGAAGUUAGCAUGCCAUACGGGCUGUGUCACUCACUUCACUACAUCUAGCUACUCUUAAACAUUCAAGGUUUCUUUAUAUGGUAGCAUAGCUAAGCUAGCUAGGACCUUGACAAUACUUUCCUGAGGUAACUGUUUUGGUUUUGAGUCCUUGUUUGGAGUUACUCAGCCUUCAAGUCACAACAAGGUAAUGCUAACUAGCUAGCCAUCGUCAUGUGUAGAUUGUUCAAGAAAACUUCCACUUUCUUCCUGGAGUACUGACAAUAACCCAAACAUUAUCACUUGUUUGAAUAAUAAAGACAAUUCUAAUGUAAAAACAAAAUGGGCAAAUUGACAUUUUGACAACUGACUUUAAACAUUUUUUACUAUAGUUAGGUGUGACUGACACUGAUGGUCAGUUCUUAGGUGUAGUCCCUAUAACUUGAUGAACAAUACUGUAAGAGCAAAGUGUCUUGCGCCUUCCUACAUGCAUAAUAGGGGAGUUUUUUUUGCCUAUUUAGAAAGGGAGACCUCUCUGAAAGUCAGUUGGUAAGUGGAGAGUAAGACUUACUAGAUUCUGGACUGUAAGUGAGCGUGAUCGGAUUCCCCCGUGUGUAGCCAGACCUCACGGCCGUCAUGGGACCCUGCACACAGCCUGUGUGUUUUGUUUGGGGAAGCGGACCUCAGGGUUAUGUUAUGCUAGGAUGCUAAUUGGAACUAGCAUAAGCUGGAUAAUGAGGCCUAAUUAAGGUAAUGAAUUAGUUGUGGAGGAGAGCGUGCAGGAGCGAGGAGGAGAGAAGACCGGACACACACCGCAGGGCAUCCAGCCGCGGGGAUGAUGAGUGGGGAAUACAGGGGGUAGUGCUGAGCGCUUAGUGCUUUUUGAGGUCUAUUCGGUUUCGGUUCGAUUAUUUAAAAAAUAAUCAAGGUUUACGAUUUAGUUUCGAUUAUUUGGGUUGAAUGCUGUAACAACACAGAAUAAAACAAUUAAUAAAAGACCCAUGAUGGUAGUGACUGCCCAUUACUGCUGUCAUGACUUGCCCUCAUGGGUUGAGGAUCAAAGAUGCCGGCUAGGUAAAGGUUUGAACACCCCCUCUCCUGCGGGCCAGUUUUAUGACCGGUUGUAAAUUCCUUGCAGACACUUUCGUUUCCGUGCCAUGCAGUAUUGGGAGAGGGAAUUUCCCUGUGAGACAAAGGAACUCUUCCCGCCAAGACUCCAACAUCCAGAAGUGGAUAAUGAAACAAUAUUCCUACUUAAAAGAAUGUGGGAAAUGGUCGGUGGCGACUUAAAGAACAAUCAUGUCAAAUUCGUUACUAUGUUGUGAUGUCAUUAAAGACGGUGGAACAACAUAACUGUAUCUCUGGGGGUGUACACUUCCCAGUUAUGAGGUUUGCAUCUAAUUGUUGUAUAAAACAAAUGAUUAAGUAUAAUAAUACUUUUGUGAAGAUAAUGUGGUUUUAGCAUUCUAGAUGAGAUGAUUGUUUCCAUAUUGAUUUGUUCUCAGUCAGUGGCCGUGCCCAGAUGAGCCCCCUUUUCUACUCAAGUAUAAAGCCCCUCGUGACGAAAUUCACCUCAGACCAGCAGACGUGAAGCGUGAGCUAAAUGUUACAAAAUGGUUUAAAAUUACAACUCCAUUACCAAAGGAAGACCAAGCAGAUUACGGUAUAAACCGGAUGUUGCAAAUGGUUGAAUUUCUACCAGACCAGGAAGCGUGAAGCUGAAGCUACACGUUACAAAAUGGUUAGACCAGAAAGACCAGAAAACGUGAGACGUUAGUCCACACGUUUGAAAUGGAGAAACUCUGAAACUCUCAACCUCUACAUGAGGUGAAGAAGAAGACAAUGCACUAGACCUUAUCUCAGUCUGCAGAUGGCAUGUAUAGUCGUCUAGAGAACUUUCAAUGAAGACACAAAUUGGGAAGAACAAUCCCUCUCCGACAACCACUGAUACAUCUGAAGUAUCUAUUCUGACAGAUCAACUCUACGAACUACAGGGUACGCUGAAGUUUUCAUUCUAACCACCACUACAACCAGAAACUCAACCAAGGACAUUGGGAUCUCAGGUGGGCAAACCAGUCCUACAUCAACUCAACUAUCGAGGACAGCUACACGUAAAUACAUGUUGCAUUUAUAUUAUGCGAUGUUCAGAAUGAGACUGAUAAGAGGUCAUUAUUUAAUAAGUGACUUAUCGAUAUAUAACAUAUAUAUCUUCUAAGAGUUUAAUUCGGGAGAUGGUAACUCAUUAAACAAGUUCUUCCAUGGUGCCCCAAAUUCCUAAUGAGUUAAUUGUUACAGGAUUAAUUUAAUUGAGUGACAAUUAAACAUAGUUAGUUGAUUCGAUAAAUAACAGUCAUACAUUAGUCACAUCACGACAUUGCAUAUCACUUAUUAACCAUAAUUUAUUCACAUUACUGAAAAAAGAUAUUUCAGUUGUGUACAUUAUAUUUGUUUUAUUUGAUUACUUUAUUAUUUAAUUCCAAGUCAUCAUCUCAUCUCUAUAGAGCUGCUGCCUAUGCUGUCUGACAAAAUCCCUAGUUUGUAGUUCUUCAAAGUAAAGAAGGCAUACUUUUAUCACCACUGAAUACCAACUAUCAAUCACUUAGAUCAUGUAUUUUCAGGUAGAGAUACCUCACAAAGCAACAGCUGCUCUGUAUAUCACCUCACCAUCUCAUAUUCUUCUCUCUUCUGUAGCAGGCGUAAAAGAAACAGACCAGACAAGUAAAUGCACAAUGGAUUAUGGUCAUUGUAGUUAAUUACCACAUUGUAUGCCCUAAACUAUGUAGAAUAUUGGCUUGUUGGAAAUUACAACUCCCUACAACAUCACACAGUUCAGGCUGUAUCUGAUUUAUCUCUAGAGAAACUAUGCAAUGUGCGCAUUGAGCUCACAGGGGGAAAAAACUAACGAAAUGGAAUUCAAAUAAUUGAACCGACUUCAGUCAAUUAGAUGUUUAAAAACAUAAAAAUAACCAACAUUUUGGUUAAUCACUCAGCACUAACCAGGGUUGAGGGUUACGGGGGCAAGCGUGCACAUGCACACACAAACACAUACACUAGUCAGUCACAUCGCACUGCCUCUGUCUCUCAUAUUUACAGCCACACGCAUAUGCGGACAGAUAAUCAUUAAUGCAAACACCCACUAACAUAUGUCCCUGAUAUACAGCACACACAGUACACUGCCUGUCUUAAUCAGUCACAUACUGUACCAUGCAGCACAUCGGCCUCACUCACAGGCAUACACUCACAGGCACUCACACCAUAUGCUCAGUCUUAAUCACUCCUACACCUAUAGGCCGGUAUACUAAUAAGCUUUCUCUCACAAACACGCACACAUGCUCUCAGACUGCAUCACUCAUCUACCUUUAUUAAUUCACUAUCACGCUCUCUUUCGCUCGCUCGCACACACACACCUCCCACACACACAUACACCCCUCCCACACACACACACCACCCACGGCCUCAAGGUCUGACCGUAGCAUACAGCUUGCUCCCAGGCCUGAUGCACUAUAUCACAGUCGCCCUAAUCCUCCAUGGUGCGGUAUUACUUCCAUCCCCUCUCAUUGUUACGGUUAAGCCACACAGCUUCAGACUGACUAAAGCACAUCUCAGCCCCCUUCAGGCAAAACAUGCACACAGCGCACACACACACAUAGGGUAAUUACACACACAGCGCGCGCACACACACACAUUGGGAGAGAGACGAGAGAUCUCUUAGGCUAAUGUGACAACAGCCUCAUAAAAGUCCUUAAUUGGAUCCUUUUCUCAGUGUUUUUGGAGAACAUCGAGGUUGUUUGCGGUUUUGUGUUUUCAUCACUUUAGAACGAGCUGGCCCGGAGGGAGGGUUUGCUCUAGCUAGCGUCUGUCGGAUACCCAUACUGCAUCAGGCCUGACAGCAGUGCACUGCUGGUGCCUUGCCCAGGCAAGCCCCACCUCCUCCCUCUGAGAAACAUGGCUAAUGGAGGACUAAGGAAGGAUCUUCGUUUCUGAAAGAGUUUCUUUUAAAAAAAAUGGGAAGAAUGGUUUAAAAAAAAAAGGUUUUUGUUUUUUUGCGUCUGGAUGAAGUUCAGAACGCAUGUAAUUAAGUCACCCUUCUAAGUGGACGUACGAAAUGGGGGUUGCCAUGGUGACUGUUGAAAGUUGUUCCUGGUGGGUCUGGUUGAGAGGGUCACCUAAUUGCAUCAGACCUGUGAAACACACACACAUUCAGUUCCUCUCAUCUGAAUCAUAUUUCCUCAGGAUUAUGCUAUGUUGGCUAAAUUUACCAAUGUUUUCACUCAAAGCACGACACCCCUUACAAUAGCCUACUCAUAUGCUGCCCCUUUCUCUUUUUUCUCUCUCUCAUAGUCUUUCUCUUAAUUUACAGUUGAAGUCGGAAGCCAAAUACAUUUAAACAGUUUUUCACAAUUCCUGACAUUUAAUCCUAGUAAGAAUUCCCUGUCUUAGGUCAGUUAGGAUCACCACUUUAUUUUAAGAAUGUGAAAUGUCAGAAUAAUAAUAGAGAGUGAUUUAUUUCAGCUUUUAUUUCUCUUUCAUCACAUUCCCAGUGGGUCAGAAGUUUACAUACACUCAAUUAGUAUUUGGUAGCAUUGCCUUUAAAUUGUUUAACUUGGGUUAAACGUUUCGGGUAGCCUUCCACAAGCUUCCCACAAUAAGUUGGGUGAAUUUUGACCCAUUCCUCCUGACAGAGCUGGUGUAACUGAAUCAGGUUUGUAGGCCUCAUUGCUCGCACACGCUUUUUAAGUACUGCCCACACAUUUUCUAUAGGAUUGAGGUCAGGGCUUUGUGAUGGCCACUCCAAUACCUUGACUUUGUUGUCCUUAAGCCAUUUUGCCAAAACCUUGGAAGUAUGCUUGGGGUCAUUGUCCAUUUGGAAGACCCAUUUGCGAUCAAGCUUUAACUUCCUUACUGAUGUCUUGAGAUGUUGCUUCAAUAUAUCAACAUAAUUUUCCUUCCUCAUGAUGCCAUCUAUUUUGUGAAGUGCACCAGUCCCUCCUGCAGGAAAGCACCCCCACAGCAUGAUGCUGCCACCCCCGUGCUUCACGGUUGGGAUGGUGUUCUUCGGCUUGCAAGCAUUCCCUUUUUCCUCCAAACAUAACGAUGGUCAUUAUAGCCAAACAGUUCUAUUUUUGUUUCAUCAGACCAGAGGACAUUUAUCCAAAAAGUACAAUCUUUCUCCCCAUGUGCAGUUGCAAACCGUAGUCUGGCUUUUUUAUGGCGGUUUUGGAGCAGUGGCUUCUUCCUUGCUGAGCGGCCUUUCAGGUUAUGUCGAUAUAGGGCUCGUUUUACUUUGGAUAUAGAUACUUUUGUACCUGUUUCCUCCAGCAUUUUCACAAGGUCCUUUGCUGUUGUUCUGUGAUUGAUUUGCAUUUUUACACCAAAGUGUGUUCAUCUUUAGGAGACAGAACGCGUCUCCUUCCUGAGCAGUAUGACGGCUGCGUGGUCCCAUGGUGUUUAUACUUGGGUACUAUUGUUUGUACAGAUGAACGUGGUACCUUCAGGUGUUUGGAAAUUGCUCCCAAGGAUGAACCACAUACACAUUUUUUUUCUGAGGUCUUGGCUGAUUUCUUUUGAUUUUCCCAUGAUGUCAAGCAAAGAGGCACUGAGUUUGAAGGUAGGCCUUGAAAUACAUCCACAGGUACACCUCCAAUUGACUCAAAUGAUGUCAAUUAGCCUAUCAGAAGCUUCUAAAGCCAUGACGUGAUUUUCUGGAAUUUUCCAAGCUGUUUAAAGGCACAGUCAACUUAGUGUAUGUAAACUUCUGACCCACUGGAAUUGUGAUACAGUGAAUUAUAAGUGAAAUAAUCUGUCUGUAAACAAUUGUUGGAAAAAUGACUUGUGUCAUGCACAAAGUAGAUGUCCUAACAGACUUGCCAAAACUAUAGUUUGUUAACAAGAAAUUUGUGGAGUGGUUGAAAAACGAGUUUUAAUGACUCCAACCUAAAGUGUAUGUAAACUUCCAACUUCAACUGUAUCUAUCCCUCUUACACACACUUUCACACACACUAAAACAACACACACACAGCCUGUGGGCUACUCUGUUCGCUCAGCAGUGGGUUUCCUCCUCAGCAGCUCAAGGUCAGCAGGAUGACAGAGCUCUGCUGUUGUUAGAGGGAAAAGAAAAUGGGAUGGAGAAAGGAGAGGUGAGCUCUACUGUACCCCUCAGCCGGGGACCAGUGACCCUGCUAAGUGCCCCAGCUAGCCGGCUGAAGGGGCAAGCAGUGGACAAGUCAGGGGCUGGGCCACUUCUCUCUGGCUCUCACUGAGACAUCAUACUGAGACUGUAUAUCCUAGAACUUCUACCCUGUUCUUGUAUUGAAGUCUGAGCUGGUCCAUGUAUGUAUACAGAUGACAGGUAUAGUGAGGGAAAAAAGUAUUUGAUCCCCUGCUGAUUUUGUAUGUUUGCCCACUGACAAAGACAUGAUCAGUCUAUAAUUUUAAUGGUAGGUUUAUUUGAACAGUGAGAGACAGAAUAACAACAAAAAAAUCCAGAAAAACGCAUGUAAAAAAUGUUAUAAAUUGAUUUGCAUUUUAAUGAGGGAAAUAAGUAUUUGACCCCUCUGCAAAACAUGACUUAGUACUUGGUGGCAAAACCCUUGUUGGCACAGAGGUCAGACGUUUCUUGUAGUUGGCCACCAGCAUUGCACACAUCUCAGGAGGGAUUUUGUCCCACUCCACUUUGCAGAUCUUCUCCAAGUCAUUAAGGUUUCGAGGCUGACGUUUGGCAACUCGAACCUUCAGCUCCCUCCACAGAUUUUCCAUGGGAUUAAGGUCUGGAGACUGGCUAGGCCACUCCAGGACCUUAAUGUGCUUCUUCUUGAGCCACUCCUUUGUUGCCUUGGCCGUGUGUUUUGGGUCAUUGUCAUGCUGGAAUACCCAUCCACGACCCAUUUUCAAUGCCCUGGCUGAGGGAAGGAGGUUCUCACCCAAGAUUUGACGGUACAUGGCCCCGUCCAUCGUCCCUUUGGUGCGGUGAAGUUGUCCUGUCCCCUUAGCAGAAAAACACCCCCAAAGCAUAAUGUUUCCACCUCCAUGUUUGACGGUGUGGAUGGUGUUCUUGGGGUCAUAGGCAGCAUUCCUCCUCCUCCAAACACGGCGAGUUGAGUUGACGCCAAAGAGCUCCAUUUUGGUCUCAUCUGACCACAACACUUUCACCCAGUUCUCCUCUGAAUCAUUCAGAUGUUUAUUGGCAAACUUCAGAUGGGCAUGUAUAUGUGCUUUCUUGAGCAGGGGGACCUUGCGGGCGCUGCAGGUUUCAGUCCUUCACUGCGUAGUGUGUUACCAAUUGUUUCCUUGGUGACUAUGGUCCCAGCUGCCUUGAGAUCAUUGACUAGAUCCUCCCGUGUAGUUCUGGGCUGAUUCCUCACCGUUCUCAUGAUCAUUGCAACUCCACGAGGUGAGAUCUUGCAUGGAGCCCAAGGCCGAGGGAGAUUGACAGUUAUUUUGUGUUUCUUCCAUUUGCGAAUAAUCGCACCAACUGUUUUCACCUUCACACCAAGCUGCUUGGCGAUGGUCUUGUAGCCCAUUCCAGCCUUGUGUAGGUCUACAAUCUUGUCCCUGACAUCCUUGGAGAGCUCUUUGGACUUGGCCAUGGUGGAGAGUUUGGAAUCUGAUUGAUUGAUUGCUUCUGUGGACAGGUCUCUUUUAUACAGGCAACAAACCGAGAUUAGGAGCACUCCCUUUAAGAGUGUUCUCCUAAUCUCAGGUCGUUACCUGUAUAAAAGACACCUGGGAGCCAGAAAUCUUUCUGAUUGAGAGGGGGUCAAAUACUUAUUUCCCUCAUUAAAAUGCAAAUCAAUUUAUAACAUUUUUGACAUGCGUUUUUCUGGAUUUUUUUGUUGUUAUUCUGUCUCUCACUGUUCAAAUAAACCUACCAUUAAAAUUAUAGACUGAUCAUUUCUUUGUCAGUGGGCAAAUGUACAAAAUCAGCAGGGGAUCAAAUACUUUUUUCCCUCACUGUAUAUCAUAUAUAUCAAGAUGGUACGAGGGUGAGAAUUUAUUCACUUCUUGUACAUCUCUACAUCUAGUGGAAUCUACACCAUUAUCAGCAUACAGUGGGGGAAAAAGUAUUUAGUCAGCCACCAAUUGUGCAAGUUCUCCCACUUAAAAAGAUGAGAGGCCUGUAAUUUUCAUCAUAGGUACACGUCAACUAUGACAGACAAAUUGAGAAAAAUAAAUCCAGAAAAUCACAUUGUAGGAUUUUUUAUGAAUUUAUUUGCAAAUUAUGGUGGAAAAUAAGUAUUUGGUCACCUACAAACAAGCAAGAUUUCUGGCUCUCACAGACCUGUAACUUCUUCUUUAAGAGGCUCCUCUGUCCUCCACUCGUUACCUGUGUUAAUGGUACCUGUUUGAACUUAUCAGUAUAAAAGACACCUGUCCACAACCUCAAACAGUCACACUCCAAACUCCACUACGGCCAAGACCAAAGAGCUGUCAAAGGACACCAGAAACAAAAUUGUAGACCUGUACCAGGCUGGGAAGACUGAAUCUGCAAUAGGUAAGCAGCUUGGUUUGAAGAAAUCAACUGUGGGAGCAAUUAUUAGGAAAUGGAAGACAUACAAGACCACUGAUAAUCUCCCUCGAUCUGGGGCUCCACGCAAGAUCUCACCCCGUGGGGUCAAAAUGAUCACAAGAGCGGUGAGCAAAAAUCCCAGAACCACACGGGGGGACCUAGUGAAUGACCUGCAGAGAGCUGGGACCAAAGUAACAAAGCCUACCAUCAGUAACACACUACGCCGCCAGGUACUCAAAUCCUGCAGUGCCAGACGUGUCCCCCUGCUUAAGCCAGUACAUGUCCAGGCCCGUCUGAAGUUUGCUAGAGUGCAUUUGGAUGAUCCAGAAGAGGAUUGGGAGAAUGUCAUAUGGUGAGAUGAAACCAAAAUAGAACUUUUUGGUAAAAACUCAACUCGUCGUUUUUGGAGGACAAAGAAUGCUGAGUUGCAGCCAAAGAACACCAUACCUACUGUGAAGCAUGGGGGUGGAAACAUCAUGCUUUGGGGCUGUUUUUCUGCAAAGGGACCAGGACGACUGAUCCGUGUAAAGGAAAGAAUGAAUGGGGCCAUGUAUCGUGAGAUUUUGAGUGAAAACCUCCUUCCAUCAGCAAGGGCAUUGAAGAUGAAACGUGGCUGGGUCUUUCAGCAUGACAAUGAUCCCAAACACACCGCCCGGGCAACGAAGGAGUGGCUUCGUAAGAAGCAUUUCAAGGUCCUGGAGUGGCCUAGCCAGUCUCCAGAUCUCAACCCCAUAGAAAAUCUUUGGAGGGAGUUGAAAGUCCGUGUUGCCCAGCGACAGCCCCAAAACAUCACUGCUCUAGAGGAGAUCUGCAUGGAGGAAUGGGCCAAAAUACCAGCAACAGUGUGUGAAAACCUUGUGAAGACUUACAGAAAACGUUUGACCUGUGUCAUUGCCAACAAAGGGUAUAUAACAAAGUAUUGAGAAACUUUUGUUAUUGACCAAAUACUUAUUUUCCACCAUAAUUUGCAAAUAAAUUCAUAAAAAAUCCUACAAUGUGAUUUUCUGGAUUUUUUUCUUCUCAUUUUGUCUGUCAUAGUUGACGUGUACCUAUGAUGAAAAUUACAGGCCUCUCUCAUCUUUUUAAGUGGGAGAACUUGCACAAUUGGUGGCUGACUAAAUACUUUUUUCCCCCACUGUACAUGGACCCAUCAGUCAGUUUUCAUAAGCUGACACUAGCUGUCAUGACUGUUAAGGACAUUAUUAUAACAGUGUUGGGCAGUCCUUGCUUCUGGUUGCUGAUCCUUGAUGGUUAUUGAUUUAACUAAUGUAAAACUGGUGAUCCCCAAGCUGAUCCUAGAUCUGUAUCUACAACCAACUUGUACCUGAAGCAUUCCAACCUCUGUAGUUAAGAGGCACCCAAGCCUGUUGCCUACCUGGCUGGCUGCCUGCUGCAGAUUUUUCUAUCUAGCUGUAUAUCGGUGUCUAGUAUUAGUAUUUUAUUAGGAUCCCCAUUAGCUACAGCUGAAGCUGCAGCUACUCUUCCUGGGGUCUACACAAAACAUAAAACAUGACAUUACACAUAACAUGAAGGUACAUUUACAAACAAAUAUUAUAAUAAAUAGCAUUGAACUAACCUGUACCCCCGCACAUUGACUCGGUACCGGUACCCCCUGUAUAUAGCCUUGUUAUUGUUAUUUUAUUGUGUUACUUUUUUAAAAACAUUUUCGUAACUCAUUUUAUUAAAACUGCAUUGUUGGUUAAGGGCUUGUAAGUAAGCAUUCCACGGUAAGGUCUACACCUGUUGUAUUUGGCGCAUGUGACAAAUAAAAUUUGAUUUGAUGUGCAAAUUGUUCAAACAGAUACACAAGGUAGAUGGAUUAUUUUAAAUAUGUUAUUGGACUAUAAACAGAUUUGGCUCAUUAAUCUAUUCGGUCCAAAUAAUGAUGAUCCACACUUCUUUGAAAAUAUAUAUAAUAAUUUAUCAAGACUACAAGCAAUACAAAACUCUAUUAUGGUGGGAGAUUAUAAUAUGGUUUUAAAUACCGCAAUGGACCGUGAAAAAAUCACACUACAAACUAUCACCCUUAUGCACUUAAGGAAAUCACGAAUAUAAUGGAUAUAUUGGAACUAGUGAAUAUAUGGAGGAUUAAAUAUCCUGACCUAAUGAGAUAUACAUGGCGGAGGCUUUUGAGAGAAAGAUCACGUAUUUACCUGAUUUGUUUAAUAUUUAUAGUUAACAAUUAAUAUGCUUAACAAUAGUAGAGACAUUUCUUAACUACCAAUGCUGUGCUUUUCAUAAGGAUGGUUCCCUCUAGCUCCCUGCAGCUGGUCUGGGCGUGUAGUCAAGGACAUGGGAGGGACGGAACCAACCAUGACUAAGCAUUUUUAGGUCCACUAUAUAAGAUGUCCGUAUUUCCUGUUCGUUGGGCUCUCACUCUACCAACAGUUUAAAAAGUAUUGAUAGGUGACAGAAUGCAGUCGGACCAUCAAAUAAUUGGCAUAAACAUUAAUCUUACAAAAUUUCCACGCGGGCGAGGAUAUUGCAAAUUUAAUCAAAGCCUAUUGGAUGACAACUUGUUUUUAACCAGGACAGAAUAAUUUAUAACCUACAUAAUGUAGGUACAGCAGAUCUGGGCUUUACGGAAGAGUGGCCAUAAAAAAGCCAUUGCUUAAAGAAAAGAAUAAGCAAACACGUUUGGUGUUCUCAAAAAGGCAUGUGGGAGACUCCCCAAACAUAUGGAAGAAGGUACUCUGGUCAGAUGAGACUAAAAUUGAGCUUUUUGGCCAUCAAGGAAAACGCUAUGUCUUGCGCAAACCCAACACCUCUCAUCACCCCAAGAACACCAUCCCCACAGUGAAGCAUGGUGAUGGCAGCAUCAUGCUGUGGGGAUGUUUUUCAUCGGCAGGGACUGGGAAACUGGUCAGAAUUGAAGGAAUGAUGGAUGACGCUAAAUACAGGGAAAUUCUUGAGGGAAACCUGUUUGUCUUCCAGAGAUUUGAGACUGGAACGGAGGUUCACCUUCCAGCAGGACAAUGACCCUAAGCAUAGUGCUAAAGCAACACUUGAGUGGUUUAAGGGGAAACAUUUAAAUGUCUUGGAAUGGCCUAGUCAAAGCCCAGACCUCAAUCCAAUUGGGGGUGUGAAUACUUAUGCACGCUCAAGUUUUCUGUUAUUUUGUCUUGUUUGUUUCACAAGAAAAAAUAUUUUUCAUCUUCAAAGUGGUAGGCAUGUUGUGUAAAUAAAAUGAUAUAAACCCCCCAAAAAAUCAAUUUUAAUUCCAGGUUGUAAGGCAACAAAAUAGGAAAAAUGCCAAGGGGGGGGUGAAUACUUUCGCAAGCCACUGUAAAUGCCUGGAAUAUUUCAAUUUUGGGGAAUCUCUUAUACAAUGGGUUAAAGUUAUGUAUAGUAACCCUAGGUGUAAAAUAGUAAAUAAUGGCUACUUCUCAGAAAGUUUUAAACUGUCAGAGUUAACAAGGUUUUCCACUAUCGGCAUAUCUAUUUAUUAUGGCCAUUGAAAUGUUAGCUAUUAAAAUCAGAUCCAACAAUAAUAUCAAGGGCCUAGAAAUCCAGGGCUUAAAAACAAAGGGUUCAUUGUACACUGAUGAUCCAUGUUUUAUUUUAAAUCCACAAUUUGGAUCCCUCCACAAUAAUAAAUAAUAAGAUCGUGCUACCAUGGAAAGGAAUAUACCUGUCUAUUUGUGGAAAAGUCACCCUGAUUAACUCUUUAGUCAUAUCCCAGUUUACCUAUUUGCUUAUGGCCUUGCCUACACCUAGCGACUUGUUUUUGUAAAUGAUAUGAGCAAAAAACGAUUCCAUUUUAUUUGGAACGGCAAGACAGACAAAAUUAAACGGGCCUAUUUAUGUAAUGAAUAUGAAUUCGGAGGGCAGAAAUUAUUAAAUAUUAAAACAUUAGACCUCUCACUAAAGGCUUCAGUCAUACAAAAGUUAUACUUAAAUGGUUCUCUAGUAGAUUAGUAAGAAUGUCUCACCUGUGUUCAAGAAUGGCCUUUUCCCUUUAUUCAGAUUACAACCUCUGACUUUUGGUUAUUUGAAAAUGAAAUUAUCUCCAAAAUAUCGCUAUUUUUAAUACAAGCCAAUAAAGUGGUUGCAAUUUCAGUUUAAUCUACCAGAAAAUACAGAAUAAAUAUUACAACAAAUAUUAUGGUUAAACUCAAAUACUAAUUGAUACAAAAAAAAGUGGGGAAAAAAGUAUUUAGUCAGCCACCAAUUGUGCAAGUUCUCCCACUUAAAAAGAUGAGAGAGGCCUGUAAUUUUCAUUAUAGGUACACGUCAACUAUGACAGACAAAAUGAGAAAAAAAUAUCCAGAAAAUCACAUUGUAGGAUUUUUUAUGAAUUUAUUUGCAAAUUAUGGUGGAAAAUAAGUAUUUGGUCAAUAACAAAAGUUUCUCAAUACUUUGUUAUAUACCCUUUGUUGGCAAUGACACAGGUCAAACGUUUUCUGUAAGUCUUCACAAGGUUUUCACACACUGUUGCUGGUAUUUUGGCCCAUUCCUCCAUGCAGAUCUCCUCUAGAGCAGUGAUGUUUUAGGGCUGUCGCUGGGCAACACGGACUUUCAACUCCCUCCAAAGAUUUUCUAUGGGGAUGAGAUCUGGAGACUGGCUAGGCCACUCCAGGACCUUGAAAUGCUUCUUACGAAGCCAUUCCUUCGUUGCCCGGGCGGUGUGUUUGGGAUCAUUGUCAUGCUGAAAGACCCAGCCACAUUUCAUCUUCAAUGCCCUUGCUGAUGGAAGGAGGUUUUCACUCAAAAUCUCACGAUACAUGGCCCCAUUCAUUCUUUCCUUUACACGGAUCAGUCGUCCUGGUCCCUUUGCAGAAAAACAGCCCCAAAGCAUGAUGUUUCCACCCCCAUGCUUCACAGUAGGUAUGGUGUUCUUUGGAUGCAACUCAGCAUUCUUUGUCCUCCAAACACGACGAGUUGAGUUUUUACCAAAAAGUUAUAUUUUGGUAUCAUUGAGUCCCUGGCGGCGUAGUGUGUUACUGAUGGUAGGCUUUGUUACUUUGGUCCCAGCACUCUGCAGGUCAUUCACUAGGUCCUCCCGUGUGGUUCUGGGAUUUUUGCUCACCGUUCUUGUGAUCAUUUUGACCCCACGGGGUGAGAUCUUGUGUGGUACCCCAGAUCGAGGGUGAUUAUCAGUGGUCUUGUAUGUCUUCCAUUUCCUAAUAAUUGCUCCCACAGUUGAUUUCUUCAAACCAAGCUGCUUACCUAUUGCAGAUUCAGUCUUCCCAGCCUGGUGCAGGUCUACAAUUUUGUUUCUGGUGUCCUUCGACAGCUCUUUGGUCUUGGCCAUAGUGGAGUUUGGAGUGUGACUGUUUGAGGUUGUGGACAGGUGUCUUUUAUACUGAUAAGUUCAAACAGGUGCCAUUAAUACAGGUAACGAGUGGAGGACAGAGGAGCCUCUUAAAGAAGAAGUUACAGGUCUGUGAGAGCCAGAAAUCUUGCUUGUUUGUAGGUGACCAAAUACUUAUUUUCCACCAUAAUUUGCAAAUAAAUUCAUAAAAAAUGUGUCUGUCAUAGUUGACUUGUACCUAUGAUGAAAAUUACAGGCCUCUCUCAUCUUUUUAAGUGGGAGAACUUGCUCAAUUGUUGGCUGACUAAAUACUUUUUUCCCCCACUGUAUAUAUAAUAAAUAGGACUGGUGGAGUUAUGUCACACGUGCAGCUAACAAAAAUGUAUGGAAAAUAAUUUCAGCAUUACUGCAAAAAUGGAAGAGGCAAGUGGAAGGGGGAGAAAGUGAGGAACUUGUCUGUCGGCCCUGCAUUAAAGACCAAAAUUGGCUAAAGAAAAUUGUGAUCAAUAAAAAAAGUCUACCAGUUUCAUUUAAGGACCAAAAAAUUUACAGCUGUGCUAUAUAGAUUGCAAAACAGUUGGGAAGAGAUUUUUGAUAUAUCGAUUCCAUGGCACAUGAACUGAUACACAAAACGACACUGGAUUCAAAACUUAGAAUUUUUCAAUUUUAAGUUAUUAUAUACAAUUCUUGCAACCAAUAUAAUUUUAUAUACAGUGCCUUCGGAAAGUAUUCAGACCCUAUGACUUUUUCCACAUUUUGUUACGUUACAGCCUUAUUCUAAAAUCGAUUAAAUAAAUAAUAAAAAGUCCUCAGCUAUCUACACACAAUACCCCAUAAUGAGAAAGCGAAAAAUGGUUUUUAGAAAUUGUUGCAAAUAAAAAUUAAAUACAAAAAUAGAAGUACCUUAUUUACAUAAGUAUUCAGACCCUCUUGAGUAUGACGCUACAAGCUUGGCACACCUGUAUUUGAGGAGUUUCUCCUAUUCUUCUCUGCAUAUCCUCUCAAGCUCUGUCCGGUUGGAUGGGGAGCGUCGCUGCACAGCUAUUUUCCGGUCUCUCCAGAGAUGUUCGAUCGGGUUCAAGUCCGGGCUCUGGCUGGGCCACUCAAGGACAUUCAGAGACUUGUCCCGAAGCCACUCCUGCGUUGUCUUGACUGUGUGCUUAGGGUCAUUGUCCUGUUGGAAGGUGAACCUUCGCCCCAGUCUGAGGUCCUGAGUGCUCUGGAGCAGGUUUUCAUCAAGGAUCUCUCUGUACUUUGCUCCGUUCAUCUUUCCCUCGAUCCGGACUAGUCUCCCAGUCCCUGCCGCAGAAAAACAUCCCCACAGGAUGAUGCUGCCACCACCACCAUGUUUCACCGUAGGGAUGGUGCCAGGUUUCUUCCAGACGUGACGCUUGGCAUGCAGGCCAAAAAGUUCAAUCUUGGUUUCAUCAGACCAGAGAAUCUUGUUUUGCAUGGUCUGAAAGUCCUUUAGGUACCUUUUGGCAAACUCAAAGCGGGCUGUCAUGUGCCUUUUACUGAGGAGUGGCUUCCGUCUGGCCACUGUACCGUAAAGGCCUGAUUGGUGGAGUGCUGCAGAGAUGGUUGUCCUUCUGGAAGGUUCUCCCAUCUCCAUAGAGGUACUCUGGAGCUCUGUCAGAGUGAGCAUCGUGUUCUAGGUCACCUCCCUGACCAAGGCCCUUCUCCCCUGAUUGCUCAGUAAGCCAGGCGGCCAGCUCUAGGAAGAGUCUUGGUGGUUCCAAAUGUCUUCCAUUUAAGAAUGAUUGAGGCCACUGUGUUCUUGGGGACCUUCAAUGCUGCUGAAAUGUUUUGGUACCCUUCCCCAGAUCUGUGCCUUGACACAAUCCUGUCUUGGAGCGCUACAGACAUUUCCUUCGACCUCAUGGCUUGGUUUUUGCACUGUCAACUGUGGGACCUUAUAUAGACAGGUGCGUGUGCCUUUCCAAAUCAUGUCCAAUCAAUUGAAUUUACCACAGGUGGACUCCAAUCAAGUUAUAGAAACUUCUCAAGGAUGAUCAAUGGAAACAGGAUGCACCUGAGCUCAAUUUUGAGUCUCAUAGCAAAGGGUCUGAAAAUAAGUUAUUUCUGUUUUGCAAAAACCUCUUAAAACAUGUUUUCGCGUUGUCAUUAUGGGGUAUUGUGUGUAGAUUGAGGAUUUUUAUUUAUUUAAUCAAUUUUAGAUUAAGGCUGUAACGUAACAAAAUGUGGAAAAAGUCAAUGGGUCUGAAUACUUAACGAAUGCACUGUAUAUGCUGAUAUCGUGGCAAGACUAAAUAGCUGCAUGUAACUCAGCAGCUAAGAAAAAUAUGAAAUUGCCAGACUGCCUGUUUGUGUCACGCUUAUGUUUGCAAUACUGACAGCAAAGUUUGAAUGUACAUGUUGAUAAUGUAUUUUGUGUAAAAAAACAGACCAAGGCGCUUAAGGAGUGGGGAGCAGCAGCGGAGCACUCAGCAUUGCAGCUACGUAGGCAGCGGAAUGGGAAUUCGGCUACGUGGGAACUCUGCACAUGCGCAGAAAUAUCUGUAUUUCUACCCUGGGCAAAUUGGGAUACAAAACUCUGUAUCCGUAGCCACUCAGUAACAUUAUUAGACAAUUACAGCUGAAGGACAGAACUACAUCAAAUCAAAUCAUACAUAACAUUGAUAGACAGGUACAGAACUACAUAAAUGUAAAAUAAGAAUACACACUUUCAUAUUCUUAUGCCUUAGCAAUCCAUACAUCAUGUACUCAUAAUGGCUACACUGCAGUCAUCCAUUUUGUUAGUUGCUUACUGUUACAAUUGCAGGUCCUGCUCCUAAUCUCUAAGAACCAAUUGUUCUGUAAACACUAGCGAGAAUCUCACAACAUUAGGAAUCACCUGUGUCCUUGGUUCUCCCGUUUGACGUCAAUACUAUUCAUAAUAAUAACGUGAUUCAUAGAUGCAACUGAAUGCAAGUGCAACGACAACAACAAUGGAAAUGCAACAAUUCCUCCAGCUAAGGCUCCAAUCACAGUUUUCACCCUAGCAAGUGUGCCAUUUCAGCUCAUAAAUGAGCUACAGAUGGCGUUUCCUCCCCACUAAGGCUUCUAUUGAAUCCUUCACCUCAGCAACCGUGUUGGAGUUUUCUCCAGCUAAAAAUUCAAUUUAAUCCUUCACUUUAACUACAUACGUGGACUUUUUAGAGAUCCAUCACUCCAAAUGAACUAAACCAAACAUUUGCUGUGUUAGUCUACUGACCAUUUACAUUUUAGUCAUUUAGCAGACGCUCUUAUCCAGAGCGACUUACAGUUAGUGAGUGCAUAAUAAAAAAAAAUCAUACUGGUCCCCCGUGGGAAACGAACCCACAACCCUGGCGUUGCAAACGCCAUGCUCUACCAACUGAGCUACACGGGACCAGACUAUCAUAUCUAAACUGACCAGGCUAUCAUAUCAGAUGGCGCAGUACGUCCUUACUCUACUGAGGCUUUGCUUACAAAUGCUUUCUCUGAGCAGGCACUGAUAUCCUAAUGCCAAGGGCACAUCUUAUCUUUAACUUUAACUCAAAAAACAGAUGUGCUCGGGAGGGAGACGCUACAGCUUUUUAGGUCAGAGUUUGUCAAAUUGAUAUUUUAUGGCAUUAAGGCAGGGAGGGGCGGGAGGGAGGCAGCACUGUACAGGGAGACAGCUGGUGCAGAAAUAUGUGUGUGCCCCAUCUCUGUCUCCAUCGGCAGGUGAUAGAAUGUCAAUGCUUGGGUGUGCAGCUGUCGUCCGCUACUCCGCUCCUGGCCACCGAGGUGUGUCUGUGUAAUGCAUGUUAUGGGCUGACUAUGUUUUAUACAUGUGACUUUCAGCACUGACUAGUGCGGUGCGCUGGCCAUUAUUAGUUCUUGCCUUGUGUGUGUGUGUUGGCGAGAGUAAAUGUGUGUGCCUGUUUGUAUGUGCUUUGAAUCCUAGCAGUAGAUGUGUCCCUCUGCAUCUUAGGUGAGCCUAUGUGUGGUGUGAGUACGCACAGACAGACACACACACACACACACACACACACACACUUCCGUUAGUGUCAGUAAAUGGCCAUCAUCCCACUGCAUACUGGGUGUUUCCACACUCAUGGCAUUAUGAAUGGGGUGAGAGAGAGCGGGGGAUAGAGAGAAGGACUGUGUCCUUUCACCUUCACCCCAUAUAGACCGUGCUAAAUGAGAAAUGAUUUUCUGCCUCUCCACUCUUUUAACCUCAUAACCUGAAGGACUUGUCUUUAGCCCGCUCACACUCCCUUGCAAGUUCUGCAGUAGUGGCUAUAAUGGGAGGGAGAGAGGUAAGGGGAGAGUGAGUAAGGAGGGUAAGUGGGAGGGUAGUGCAUGAGGGAGAGAAAAGUGAGAAAGUGAAUAGAGGAGAUUUGAAAAGCACUUUGUGACAACUGAUGAUGUGAAAAGGGCUUUAUAAAUGUGAUUUAAGAGAAUUGAACAGGAAGGCAAUGGGAGAAUCUCGAAUGCAUUUCCUUGAUCCCACACAUCCUCUCCCCACCUCUUUCUCAAAACCAAUUGGAUGAGAAGGCCAGAGUGGAGGGACCUCUGACCUUCUCAUCAAAUUGGUUUUGAGAAGGAGGCGAGUAGAGAAGAGGAAUCAAGGAAAUGCAAUUGAGACUCUCCCAAUGACAGGAGAGGAGAACGAGAAAGAUGGGCAGAAAGUCUUUCUCCUGGGCCUAGUAGAGGUUAAAGCCCCAGUGCUAAAUGGCAUAUUAUUAUUAUUAUUAUAAAUGGCUGUCUGUGUACCUACUCUCUCUGCCACCCUGAGUGUGUGAAUUCACUCGGGUGUGUACACACUGCUCCUGCUCUCUGGAGCGCACACACACACACACACACAGACCUCUAGUGUGUACACCCCCCCCCCCCCCCCCCCCCCCCCCUCGUGGCUGAUUAAGCAGCAGCUUGCAUCUUGGUAGCAGGUGUCACUCAGCUCAUUACCCCUGGCAGGGUUGAUCAUUCUGUUUGAAUAGCAAUAAGGCACACCUCACUGGAGAUUUAGAGGGAAGGAGAGAGGAGAUAGAGGAGUGGGAUGGAGGGAGCAAGAGGGAGAUGAGGAAUUGCACUGCAGUGAGAAUCCCUAGGAAAAUGUGUGUUUUGUGAUGGAGAAAUUGAGAGAUUUCUGUCCUCUGUCCGUACCUGUAUAUGAUUGAUGUUACAGGAUGGAGCUGAGGGACUUACUGUAUACUGGGGUGUGUGAUCUGUUAUGCGAGUGUGAGUGUAUUCUAUUCAGUAAGGUGAGCUUAGCUAGUACUGUGAAUACAAAAUAUUCACACCCCUUUACUUUUUCCACAUUUUGUUGUGUUAAAAUGGAUUAAAUUGAGCUUUUUUUGUCACUGGCCUACACACAACACCCAAUCAUGUCAAAGUGGAAUUAUGUUUUUCAAAAUUUGUACAAAUUAAUACAAAAUUACAAGUAUUCAACCCCUUUGUUAAGGCAAGCCUAAAUAAGUUCAGGAGUAAACAUUUUCUUAGCAAGUCACAUAAGUUGCAUGGACUCGCUCUGUGUGCAAUAAGUGUUUAACAAUUAUUUUUGAAUGGCUACCUCAUCUCUGUACCUCACACAUACAAUUAUCUGUAAGGUCCCUCAGUCGAGCAGUGAAUUUCAAACACAGAUUCAAACACAGACCAGGGAGGGUUUCCAAUGCCUCACAAAGAAGGGCAUCUAUUGGUAGAUGGGUAGAAAUAUAGAAAUCUGACAUUGAAUAUCCCUUUGAGCAUGCUGAAGUUAUUAAUUACACUUUGGAUGGUGUAUCAAUACAUCCAGUCACUACAAAGAUACAGGCGUCCUUCCUAACUCAGUUGCCAGAGAAGGAAACUGCUCAGGGAUUUCAACAUAAGGCCAAUGGUGGCUUUAAAACAGUUAGUUUAAUGGCUGUGAUAGGAGAAAACUAAGGAUGAAUCAACAACAUUGUAGUUACUCCACAAUGCUAAACUAAAUGACAGAGUGAAAAGAAGGAAGCCUGUACAGAAUAAAACAUUCCAAAACAUGCAUCCUGUUUGCAACAAGGCACUAAAGUAAUACUGCAAAAAAAUUGGCAAAGCGAUUAACUUUUUGUCCUAAAUACAAAGUAUUAUGUUUGGGGCAAAUCCAACACAUUAUUGAGUACCACUCUACAUAUUUUCAAGCAUAGUGGUGGCUGCAUCAUGUUAUGGGUAUACUUGUAAUCGUUAAGGACUAGGGAGUUUUUCAGGAUAAAUAUUAAAAGGAAUGGAGCUAAGCACAGGGAAAAUCCUAGAGGAAAACCUGGAUCAGUCUGCUUUCCACCAGACACUGGGAGAUUAUUUCACCUUUCAGCAGGACAAUAACCUAAAACACAAGGCCAAAUCUACACUGGAGUUGCUAACCAAGAAGUUGGUGAAUGUUCCUGAGUGGCCGAGUUAUAGUUUUGACUUAAAUCUACUUCAAAGUCUAUGGCAAGACCUGAAAAUGGUUGUCUAGCAACCAUUUUGACAGAGCUUUAAUACUUUUUAAAAGAACAAUGGACAAAUGUUGCCCAAUCCAGGUGUGGAAAGCACUUAUAGUCAAGUCAAGGGGUAUGAAUACUUUCUGAAGGCACUGUACGUUUGGUCCUGAGGGUGUAUGACUGACUAUAGGAGAGAAACCUGACAGCCUCUACUUUGUGUGUGUGAGACAUGUACUGACCGUGUGUGACGUACUGACCAUGUUUGUGUGUGUGACAUGUACUGACCGUAUGUGGUGUACUGACCAUGUUUGUGUGUGUGUUGCUCCACAGAUAUGACUACAGAGAGAUGCUGCACAACUCCACUUUCUGCCUGGUGCCUCGGGGCAGACGCCUGGGAUCCUUUCGCUUCCUAGAGGCACUGCAAGUGAGUGGGCCCGUACACAUACACACACACACACACACACACACACGAUUCCUGGAGGCGCUGCAGUUCAGUGGGCUUCGACACACACACACACACCUUUAUAUCCCAACACCUGUGCUGUAGGGCUGGGAAUUGCGAUUCUCAUGAUUCUAUAUGUAUUGCGAUUCGAUACUGUGAUUUUAUUGCCAUUUGAUGUUCCAAACAUAUUGCUCUCUACAGUGAGGGAAAAAGUGACCCCCUCUCAAUCAGAAAGAUUUCUGGCUCCCAGGUGUCUUUUAUACAGGUAACGAGCUGAGAUUAGGAGCACACUCUUAAAGGGAGUGCUCCUAAUCUCAGCUUGUUACCUGUAUAAAAGACACCUGUCCACAGAAGCAAGCAAUCAAUCAAUCAGAUUCCAAACUCCACCAUGGCCAAGACCAAAGAGCUCUCCAAAGAUGUCAGGGACAAGAUUGUAGACCUACACAAUGCUGGAAUGGGCUACAAGACCAUCGCCAAGCAGCUUGGUGAGAAGGUGACAACAGUUGGUGCGAUUAUUCGCAAGUGGAAGAAACACAAAAUAACUGUCAAUCUCCCUCGGCCUGGGGCUCCAUUCAAGAUCUCACCUCGUGGAGUUGCAAUGAUCAUGAGAACGGUGAGGAAUCAGCCCAGAACUACACGGGAGGAUAUUGUCAAUGAUCUCAAGGCAGCUGGGACCAUAGUCACCAAGAAAACAAUUGGUAACACACUACGCCGUGAAGGACUGAAAUCCUGCAGCGCCCACAAGGUCCCCCUGCUCAAGAAAGCACAUAUACAUGCCCGUCUGAAGUUUGCCAAUGAACAUCUGAAUGAUUCAGAGGAGAACUGGGUGAAAGUAUUGUGGUCAGAUAAGACCAAAAUGGAGCUCUUUGGCGUCAACUCAACUCGCCGUGUUUGGAGGAGGAGGAAGGCUGCCUAUGACCCCAAGAACACCAUCCCCACCGUCAAACAUGGAGGUGGAAACAUUAUGCUUUGGGGGUGUUUUUCUGCUAAGGGGACAGGACAACUUCACCGCAUCAAAGGGACGAUGGACGGGGCCAUGUACCAUCAAAUCUUGGGUGAGAACCUCCUUCCCUCAGCCAGGGCAUUGAAAAUGGGUCGUGGAUGGGUAUUCCAGCAUGACAAUGACCCAAAACACACGGCCAAGGCAACAAAGGAGUGGCUCAAGAAGAAGCACAUUAAGGUCCUGGAGUGGCCUAGCCAGUCUCCAGACCUUAAUCCCAUAGAAAAUCUGUGGAGGGAGCUGAAGGUUCGAGUUGCCAAACGUCAGCCUCGAAACCUUAAUGACUUGGAGAAGAUCUGCAAAGAGGAGUGGGACAAAAUCCCUCCUGAGAUGUGUGCAAACCUGGUGGCCAACUACAAGAAACAUCUGAUCUCUGUGAUUGCUAACAAGGGUUUUGCCACCAAGUACUAAGUCAUGUUUUGCAGAGGGGUCAAAUACUUAUUUCCCUCAUUAAAAUGCAAAUCAAUUUAUAACAUUUUUUAAAUGCGUUUUUCUGGAUUUUUUUGUUGUCAUUCUGUCUCUCACUGUUCAAAUAAACCUACCAUUAAAAUUAUAGACUGAUCAUUUCUUUGUCAGUGGGCAAACGUACAAAAUCAGCAGGGGAUCAAAUACUUUUUUCCCUCACUGUAUAUGUCUGCUGCCAAGAGACAAAAGAGCGUGAUAAAAUGAGUUUUGAUCAGUCAUGGAAAUAAGUGCUGAAAACAUGUUUUCUCACUAUUUAAAAAUAAAACGAUUGACAACAAGCUAUAGGAUGAAAAAUACAGGACUUUGGCACCGGUACAGCUGACUUGCGCCAUCUAACGCUACCUGACUCCAAAACUUGGAGUCAAAGUAUUCAAAUAAUAUUGCAAUAUUUUUCCCCCCCCAUCACCACUGCUGCAUGAUUUAUACUCCCACACUGUGAUUCUCACACAGUGAAACUACUUAUAUUGCAACUUCACUAUUUUUUACACUGGAAGUGCAUUUUUACUCCCUCCCACCCACUCUAUUUUAUCUCCUCCCAAGUAUCACAUAACCCUUACACUCUCUUAUAUACACACUUCAUUACCACACUUGUAAGUGCACACUUACUCCUACUCCAUACGUCUCCACCAAGUAUUGUCCAACCACAGAACACACACACUCAUAACCUCUUCUAUACCACAUGCUUACCACACACUUUUAAGCACACUUACUCCCACUCCAUAUACACUUUCCAUAUACCACUCAACUGCUGCACACUUUUGCCCUUCACUCCAACCCUACAGCGUAUCCACUUGUCAGAUUCCAUCCAACCGCUGCACACUGCGUAACCUUUACCUCUCACCUGUCGCACACUUUAUCGCACACUUCCUCACUGAGAGUGCACUUACUCCCACCUCAAACUCUAUCUACUUCCACGCUCUGAAGUGCUCCGUCAUCACCUCUAAUAUUAGUGCACACUUCUCCACAGAAAGUAUACACUUGUCUCUCCCUCUCCUCUCUCCUACGCGUUCACUGUGACUCACACCACUGAGUCUGGCUGUCCACUCUUCUAGAGAGGAGACGGUGUGUGUGUGAAUGAGAGAGAAGAAUACUUUUACAAUUCCUGUCUUGUAUAUAUCUGUCUUUAGGCAGCCUGUGUGCCUGUGAUGCUGAGUAACGGCUGGGAGCUGCCCUUCUCUGAGAUCAUCAACUGGAACACGGCGGCCGUCAUCGGGGACGAGAGGCUCCUGCUGCAGGUACGACACACACACAACACAUCAACCCCUUACAUCCUCCUGUACUGCUAUUGGUUCUCCCUGAUUAACUGAUUGAUGACUGUCAUUGAUUGGUAAGAGAGUCCACUCACUGGGUCCAUUAAAGGCACACCGUAGCGAACAUGAAAACAGGCAUUUGUUAUUGGACAAGUUCAGUUAGUCCCUCCAUGUUUCCCCCCUCCCUCCCUUCCUCGACCCCCUCUCGCUGACUGACCAUGGUACGUUGUCCCCCCCUCACUCAUCGCUACACCCCCCCUCUCCACGCCCUCAUCCCUCCAUCCUCUCCCUGCCAUCAUCCUCUCUCCAUUCUCUCUAACCGUGUCCCCCUUCCUCACAUCCAGAUCCCGUCCACGGUGCGCUCCAUCCAUCAGGAUAAGAUCCUAGCUCUGAGGCAGCAGACC